UUCACAGCCUUUGCGGAUGAACGGACCCAUUUUUAAGGGCAGAAAGAAAACAAAAUAGACCGACAUUGCUGCCAAGAAGCCAGGGGCGUCUAAUUUGUCGAAAUGGAUGACCAGGAAAUGCAGCUAAAAGUUAAAAGAGUGACGGAUAAAUUCACAGAGAGCAUGUACGUUUUGGCCAAUGAACCGUCUGUGGCGCUGUACAGAUUGCAGGAGCAUGUCAGGAGGUCACUGCCAGAGCUAGUGCAACACAAAUCGGAUAUGCAAAGCUGGGAAGAGCAAAGUCAAGGGGCCAUCUAUACAGUGGAGUAUGCAUGCAGUGCUGUAAAAAGCAUGACCAACAGCAGUCUCUACUUCAAAAGCAUAGAGGGAUUGCUCCGUCAGACCAUCUCUAUGAAAGAGCAGAUAAACAAUACCCAAGGCCGCAGUGAUGUAAGCCCCACUCCUCAUCCCCUUGACCCUUCCCCAUCCUCUGCCUCCUGAUCACUGACCAGCAGUGGGAAACUGUGUCCAAGGAAGAGAGCGGUGGAGUCUGCAGUGUCAAAAGAAGUGGGGGAGAAACACGGCCCGGGAAUGUAAAACAGCGGCCUUCUCAUUCUGCGCUUUGGAGGUUGGGGAGGUUGUAAAAGGCUCCCUGUCCCUUCAUCUUGUGAGGGUGCUGCCACUACAUCAGCAGAUCAGGACCCCUCAAACAGGUCCUCCCCACAAGGGGAAACCCUGUCACUCUGCCAGGCAUGCCAUUAGCAUGUCUGUUUAGGGAUGUCUAUAAAAGAAGGAAUUGUUCUCAGUCGUGCAUAGUGCUCUCAAGGAAUUUGACCAGACCUUAGCCUGCAGGUGCUGACUGACGCACAGAAAUGUUUCAAUGAGCUUAACUUUAUCCUUUAUUCUUCAUCUUUUUUUGUGAUCUAUCAUAAUAUUGGUUUUAAUGCUUGGUAUGAAUGAGAAAUGUGUUUAUUGAUGAUUAAAACUACUUUUGUGAGAA